AUGACUGUGACGUACGUCCGCUCUCCAAGUUUCUCCGCACACACCACUUCUCCACCGCAAUCUCCGCUCGUGCCCAGCGCCUCCUGCACCUGGUCUACCUCGCCUGCCAUCGGUCCCACUUCGCCGCGCGCUGCCUCGCGUGCUUUUGGCACCUCGGUCCCAGCUGCGGCUGCUUCCGAUUCAGCCUCUGCCGAAAAGCUAACCACCUCGGCCUCGGCACCCGUUCUCGCUGAUCACUUGUCUAGCGCCAGCAGCAUUCUCAUCCGCAACGAACGCAUGGAAGCAGGCCUCAGCUUGAGAAGAAGCCCACUCAUCCCCACCGCUGAGUUUGAGCCAGAGCCAAGCACCCCUGCUACCUACUCUCCUCGCCUUCCCGACAACGUCACCCUUGUUGACCAACUCGAAUCCGUCGACGCCCGCUACGAGCCUACAUUUACCGGCGACAUUGACCUUCACAACGAUCGCUUUGUCUAUCGACGACCUUACGUUGAUCGCGGUCUCUCACACACCAAACGUCGCACCCAGCUCAUCCUCGAGCAAAAAUACCACCUGCAUCGCUUGGCCGGCUCUCCUGGUACAUCACCCAACGAACCAGACUCUUUCAAAACUUCCGCCGCUUCGUUCCCUCGUUCGCAAAGCGCAAGACGUCCUGGAACCGCGCCUCAGCAUUCUAGCUCCCCACACACGCCCGACUGGGCUCCUGCUCACCUCAACUCUGCUAGCAGAACACUUAUCACUUCAUCCGGAGGUCUGCGAGAACUCACCACCGGUGCAUCAGCUCAGCCCGCGUCCAAGCGUGCCUCUUGGAUUCGACGCACACGCGACUUUGAGACACACAGCGACUCUCACCACACUCACUCCUCCGGUUUACUCGAAGCUGCACCCAUCACAGCCUCGAUCAAAGCUUCCCGGCGUCACAGCAGCUUCCUCACUGGUGACUACCGGACUGCUACACUAAUCCCCAUCCUUGCCAGCAACAGUUUCGACGCACGCUCCAAAAAAGACGCCAGACGUCGAAGUUACAUGUCCGACAAGUCGGCGUCUCCUCUAUCCAAUCUGUCCACUUCUCCCGUACUUGUCGCCUCCUCCGGCCUAGUCGGUGCGCCUGUUUCCAAGCGCGACUCAAUGCUUUCCAACGACUCUUCUGCCACCUCCUCGUCCAAGGACGGCAGGCUCUCUGUCGACAACGUCGAAUUUGAGGGCGAUGAUCUCAAGCAUCAGGCUCAGAGCUCAGCUUCCUCAGGAUCCGGUCACGACGAAAGUGUACCAGUCGGCUCCAUGAAAGGGCACGUUCGCAGCGCAACCGAUGCAGACUCCAAAACUGUCGAGGUGUUCAUCACGCCUCGAUCCAGCGCUGAGCACGAACAGGGCGGCGCCAAGUCCUCCAUUGACCCUCUCAGCGAAACCGACAGCUCGCGUACGACAGAACAGGCCAAGGGGCCAUCGCAUGAUGCUGUCGAAGUCGCUCAAAUUGACUGCAUAGAAUCGGAGAAGCUUGCCAGCGCUUCUCUUACUGAUGCGGAGCUGGUAGCGGCUCCCGCGAUCUCAUCCACCACACUUGGCCCUGUCGAGACUGCCGUUGUCCCACCCACGCCCACGCCAACAGCUCCAGAAUGGGCGUCGCGCGAAGCAGGCGCAGUAUCUCCGACCAGCAGUCCAUCCGCAAGCUUCAGGCCCCUUCCUCGUGCGGACGAGCCGGGCGCAAGUCCAAAAAGUCCGUUUGGCACGCUCAUUGUCCCUCAAGGAAAAGCAAAUGGAAGCGGACGUGGCAGUGGCCGACGUGACAGUUCAACCUCGAUUACCUCGGCAGCCAGCUCAACUUCGACCUACCGAAUUCGACGAAAGGCGGUUCCUUCGGACGUCGACCCAUCAGAGCGCCGCCCAAGUGCUGCCAGUGGCAUCAGUUCCGACGCAGGCGAAUUCUCUCCUCAACCAAGCCCCGCUCAAGAAAAGGCGCCCUUGCCACCUCCCAAGGAGAACGGCGUCCAUUCCCUCUCAGCUGCGCGCGACCCGAGCACCUUUAUGCGCAUGGCUCAAGAAGCUGCACGUGCACACAUGCUCGAGAGGGGCGCGGGAGCCGGCAGACAGCGACCUAGCACAGCAGCUACUGCUUCGGCUACGCCCGCACCUUUCGGACUGGGUAUCGUUCAACAACCCAAGGCGAGCGGCUCUUCCCGCGAUGUCUCAACCAACCAGCAAUUGUCCGCCGGUGCCACACCCACCGCAACUCGCACCCCUUCACGAGCCACCAUCAAAAGACCCACCACGGCUCCCGUCGGGUCAACUGAUCAAUUCCGCGCAGUCAGCGAUGCGCAGAAGUCGGUUCUCGAAGUUGAAGGACUUCAAUUCGUCCUGGACAAGGAAGAUGCGACCAAACCGAAAGCUGCACAGGACUCCUCGCCCUCGAUCCCCAACGCAGUUCGCUUCGUGCAACCGCAGCGGGUCGGCAGCAGUGGGGCAAGCCCGGCUGGCUUGACCAAGCGAGACUCGCAAACGAGCGCCAAGCACGGCUCAAUCAAGCUCGGCGGCGCCAGUCGCAGAGGUAGCGCAAGCACAGACACUGCCGUUCCAGCCAAUGGCGCUCCCGCCAAAUCUGGUGGUUGGGGUCUCGAGGAAGAGCUCCAGAUUGUUGAUCGGGCCCGAAAUGCAGACGGCGGCGCUCAGAAGAAGGGUGCUGCACCACGACCCGAGUCGAUGCUCAGAACCAAGAAAGCGACGGAUGACAAGAACGAUGUGCUGUUCAAGAGUCAGGAUGAGUCGGAAGAUGUCAAGGCCGCUGCCCGCGAGGCUGGAAUCCCCGAAGGCUCGUAUGCCAUCCAUCCUCCCUCGAUGCUGCAGCUCUUUGAAGCAUCGCAAUGCCUCGUCUAUAAUCAGAACGGCCAAGAAGUUCUCUUCGGAGAUCUUUUCAAGAAGCGUCGCACUCUGGUCUGCUUCCUUCGGCACUGGUGGUGUGGUUUCUGUCAGCAAUUUGCUAUGUCCAUCCGCAACAUCGACCCGCUUCCGCUGAAGAAGGCCAACCUGGACUUUGUCAUUGUGGGUCAGGGAGACUGGCAAGUCAUCAAGGCAUAUCGCGAGGUCAUGCAGGUACAGUAUCCUAUGUUUGCCGAUCCCAAGCGCAACGUGUAUCGCGCGCUGGGCAUGACGCUGCGCACCAACGAUGCCAACCCAGCUUGCGCACGUCCGGACUAUGCGAGCUUGGGCAUGACCAAGGGCAUUCUCGUUGCCAUCAAGAAGGGACUGUUCGACAUGCCCAUCCGUAAUCCCGGUGACAUGAAGCUGCUCGGUGGCGAUUUCAUCUUGGGUCCUGGUCUGCAAUGCUCGUUUACGCAUCGAAUGACGACGGCAGACGGCCAUAUGGACAUUCCCAGGAUCUUGGCGCAAGCCGGCUGCGAUUUGUCGCUCAAGACGCCCAAGCCCAUGUUUACGCUGAAUGAGAAAGAGGCGCGCGCCGCCAUGUUGGCUGGUGGCAACUCCAACCGGCGAGGACAGCCACGCUCUCUGGGUCGAUCGCGUGGGAAGAAAACGACCAAGAGCGAUGCAGGAGGCACGCUGGAUACGAGCUUUGGUAGUGCGGCAGGCUCAACGAUGGCAGGGUCGAUGUCGGUUAGCAGCAGCAACACGCGCUUCGCCAGACCUAGCCUGUGGGGUCGCUUUCCCGGUCGGUUCAGCAAGUCGCAAGUGUCACUUGACCAAUCGGCGUCGACGGCGGAUCUCAGCAACGACUUUUCGCCCGCACGUGGACUGGCUGCAGGACCUCGUUCUGCGUCCGCCAUGCGGAAGGUGUCGUACGACGGACGUGUUCGGGACUCAUUCGAGACGCAGCAAACCGAUAUCGAGUUCGAAUCGCGUGCCACUUCGUUCGACACGAGAGGCCGUCCUAGCGACGUUUCGGCUCCGGUCGGCAUGAGCGCACUCAACAAAACGCAGUCCAUGUCUGAGUUGCGCCGCAGGUUCGAGAUGGGCGCCCUGGGAAGUCUCAGGGCGAAGAGCGGACGUCAGGAGCCUUCGGGCGGCAAAUUGUCGCUCGAGGUGCCUAGCGCUAAUAGGGACAGAUUGCAGCACAGCAUUUCGAGCAAGUCGCUACGUGGUGCGCAGUCCAACGGCGCCUCGACACCGGUUGCAAAGCCAGUGAAUCCAACAGGUGGCAAAGCUGGAUCGAACGGCUCUGUGCCCAUGUCCGUCUUCCGCAACAACGUGAUUUCGCAAGCGAGUGGAAGUGCCGCACCUGCGCCUGCAGCGACUGGCCUUGGCAUUGCUGCUCCCGGUGUUGACCCGGCGGACGGAGCCGUUGGAUCCUCGGCCGUUGAGAAGGCUGCCGUAGUCGACGGCACUGCUCCGUCGAUCAAGGCCACGGUAACGGCGGUGCCAACCACAGCUGCGAGCUUCUCGGCACCGGGAAGCUUCCUCACAGAUCUCGACGUGUUCGACUCUCUCUCCGCCUCACCUGCGCCAAAGUCCAAGAACCAUGGCGAAAAGGGCAUGCUGAGCCCCAGUAUUUUCGACAGCGGCUUGUCUCCCAGCCAGUUUAGCGACAGCGGUUUCACCCCAGAAGCAGCCGAUGCGGAUAGUGACACGGAACCAUCCAUGUCGGCUGCACAGUCGCCUGCUCGCUCGCAGCGCACUACUGCCGCAAGCACUCAAAACAGCCCCGGCGGCGGUGCACUUGGCCCCAGCGCCAGCUCGAGCUUUUACAGUUUCAACACGUUCCGUGCCAAGCGGUUAGAGCACUUGGUCGAGGAGGCGGACGAGGAGGCAGAUGAAUCGCAUUCUAGGGAUCAGAUGAGGCAUAAGUCUGGAGAGGAUGAGGAGGGGGAGGAGGACGAGGAGGACGAGGAAGAGGAUGAGGAAGAAGAGAAUGACGAGCCCAUCGAGUUUGAGGAUGACCGUUCUGGAGGCUUUUGA